AUUAAAAUACACACAUGCUUUUGCAGUUUUAAUAUCGCUGGACAGAACGCUUCCGUUUCAAAAGGAGUGCAGACUGGAAUUCCAUUAAGCCAUUAGUUUAUGAAUUUCGUGAAAAGUGUGCUGGAAUUGUGCUGUAUUUUCCGCAGUUUUCAGUGAGUAUUUGUUUUCGCACCAAGUACGCCACAAUUGUAUUGUACGAGGUCGAACGCAUUUAACACCCUCGCAACAACCAUCCGCCGUUCAAUCAAAAGGGAUAAAACAGGUCUGUAAUUUCAGCCGUGUCUUCUCGAAAAACAGCAUCCCAAUAUCCUGGUUUCCGCCUCCUCAAGAGGUUGUACAUUUCAUUUCGCUCCGCGGGCAAAACGGAAUUGUGUGAGCUGAAUGCAACACACAAAGUAACCGUAAAUAUUUUUAAAUAAACUCGCCAACUUACGCAUUAAAUAAUACCAAGAAUAAUAUACCGAAUCAAGAAAUACACAUAAUGAGUGCAAAUAAACGCGCGAAACUAAUAACUUUAAUUCAAAAAACUAAAGAAAAGUGUUAUUUCUAAAAAUGUAAAAACUGACUAGCAAAAAGGAAAGUUAACUAUUUAAAACGGACGAUAGAAAAUAGUGAAUUCGACAAAGACUUGAGUGAAAAGGGGCAAUACAAAAAAAAAAUACUAACCCCAGUGCAGAGUGUAAAAUGCCAAAAACUUUUGUGCGCCUCAACGUACAAAAAUUGUAAAGACGCGAAACGGGGAAGAAAUUUUGUAGAUUUUUUUGUGCCGAUUUCCGUUGGGAAAAUAAAAAUAUAAAAGGGAUUAAGACAGAAAAUUAUAAAUGAUACCCUUUUCGAUGGCCACCGCAGAGGCCAAGCAGCUCCAGCGCGAGUUGUCCAUCACGGUGUCGCCUGGGAAUGGAGGAGCUACAACCAAUGGCGUCCCCGUCUCCGGCGGAAACUCAAAUAGUCUUCUGACCCUGGCGCCGCGCAAGGAGGAGCUGCGCUUCCUGCCCCUCGCAUCCAUGGGAGCGAACAAAACCUGCAACAUCACCAUCAGCAAUGUGCAACCUUUGAAAUCCAAAUUGACGGCAGUGAACAUAGUGCCCAAUUCCUUAAAGACCACGGCAGGAUCUACAACGGGUGGAGGAUCUGCUCCCCUGUUCCAGCUAAUGCCGUCAUCUAGUAAUCCCAAUCAGCCACUUGUGGCCAUUUUGGCUAACAACCGCAAAGCCACGCUGCUAGGAGGUGGUGCAUCCAAUCCCCAGCCAGUGGUGAUACGUUCCGGGACACCUUUGAACAAGAACAGCCUGACAACCCACAGCAAUGGGAUGGCCACCAUGACGCCAGUUGGAGGAGGAAUAGUAGCGGGAGGAGCAGGUGGCACAGGAGGAGCUGCUGGCCUAACACUCCUGAACAAAACAGAGCUUCCACAGAAAUUACAAGCGGCACCUGUCCAGAUUCCAAGUACGGGUCCGGCGCAAAUCUCCUUACUGGCUAAUCCCCUCAAGCCACGUGCUCCACUCAUACUCAGCAAGGUGGCGGUGGACAAGUUGCGUCUGAAGUUCAAUCAGGUCAAGGCCAAUCCCAAUUCCUUAGUCCUACACAAGGCCAAUCAUGUGAAGAAGCUGCUGCCCCUGCCCAACAGCAGUGGCGAGGAUAAGGCCAGGACAUCCCAGAAUAACAACAACAACAAUAAUAAUAACAUUAUUAAAAGCCAACUAAAGGCAGUCAUUCCGGUUAAGACCAUGCCUGUCGUCGCUGAAGAGCUACCCACCAAUAACGCCAAGAGCCUGAUAAAGGCCAAACCACCAAUCACGAAGGCAGUGCCACUGCCCAGCCAGGAUAUACCCACUGUAACGGCAGAAACAAAAGCCGCAGAUGAGGAGAUGGCUAAGCCCACGCCAAAACCCACUCCCAAACCGAUAGAGAUUAUCCUAAAUGGCCCGGCUACGGAGCUAAAGGAGCCUGUGGAGCUGCAGAAACCAGCGCCAAAGGAAACAGCUAAACGUCAACCAACUAAGGCAAAGGAAUCACCAAAGCUGCAGCGCUCCAAAUCCUUUGUGGCCACUCAACCGUCUUCUCCAAUAUUAAAUAACGAGCGACGGCACUCGGUGGCCAUUAUGGCCAAGGAGGUUGAUGUGAUCGUGCAGCCCAGUGCUCCCAUCGAAACCAUCACCAUAGAAGAUGAUGACGACAGCGAGGAGGAGGUGCAGGAAGAGAAAAAGCCCAAGAGGAAGGAGAUUGUGAUGCCCAUUCUGCCUGCAGGAAUAACCAUUUCCACCACCAGCAGAUCAGCAGCCAAAUCGAAACCAGUCAGAAAGGACUCCUGCGUAACGACCAUUUCCUCGUCUGCCAGCGCCAGCUCUUCCAACAGCGAUGUGGAGGAGAUCUGUGUGCCUCCCAAGAAUGUCGAGCAAGAACUGAGUCUACUGCCUGGCAUUAGCAUUAUCAAGGCGGAAUCCCUGCAGCUGUCCAAGGAGGACUUUGAGCGCUCGCUGCGCUGCGAGGAACGGGUGCCGAAUACUCCGCCCAAGUCGUCUUCCUGCUCCGGGGGCUCUGGUGCUUCGGACACGGCAUCGCCGUGCAAAUUAAGCGAUCAUAUGCCAUCGAGUUCAUCCCUAAAAAAUGGAAAGAAAUCUUAUGAACAUGAUGUAGUGCCACCACCCGGCAGCAAGACUACAGGCUUAAAAAAGAGCAUGAUGCAUAACCUGUCCAUGUUGAAAUGGCGUGGCCAGCAGCCAGCCAACCUCCAGAACUCCACGAUGCGUUUCGAACUGAAUCGCUUUAAUCUCCUCCAACUAAACGAGCGCUGUGAACCGCGCCAAGGUCCUGCGGGCUACUUCGAUCGGGCACUGUUUGAUCGUCCAGGCAGGAGACCCUCGGGCAGCAUGCAUCCUCUGCUUUAUUUGUGCCAACGUUGCAACUGCCACGGUCCCGCUGCCGACUUUCUGGCACCACAUUACUGUUCCGUGAGUUGUGUGCGCCGCGCCCAGAAGCGUCGCCUGCCGCAGAGCUACCAGAAGGAUAGCAAGAUGAGUCGCACCCAAGCGGAACCGCCAGCUCGAACAGCAUCAGAUCUACCACAAAAACCUCAAGCCAACCACAAAUCCCAAUCGAAAUCUCUGUCCGCCAUACAAGAGCAGCUGCUGCAGCGUUCAAAGCAGAAGCCUCGAAAGCCAUUCCGCUGGAGCGAGUACCUCAAGGCCAAGGGCAAGGAUGUGGCGGCUCCCAUCCACCUGUUCCUCAACCCGUUCCCAAUCAGCCCCAACUGUUUCGAGCGCGGAAUGAAGCUGGAGGCCAUCGAUCCGGAGAACUGUUCCCUGUUCUGUGUGUGCAGCAUUGCCGAGGUGCGUGGCUAUCGUCUAAAGCUUAGCUUCGAUGGUUACUCCUCCAUGUACGACUUCUGGGUGAAUGCCGACUCGCAAGACAUCUUUCCGCCUGGCUGGUGCGAUGAGACGGCACGGGUGUUGCAGGCGCCCAAGGACUACAGCUCGGAGCGCUUUAGCUGGAGCCGCUAUUUGGUGAAAACGGGUGGCAAGGCGGCUCCUCGAUCGCUCUUUGCGCAUUUGAAUUUGCAGACGCAGGCGGGAAUUCGCAACGGAUUCGCCGUCGGCAUGCAUCUGGAGGCAGAAGACCUAAACGAUACGGGGAAGCUCUGCGUGGCCACAGUGACGGAUAUUCUGGACGAGCGCAUUCGGGUCCACUUCGAUGGCUGGGAUGAUUGCUACGACCUGUGGGUACACGUCAGCUCACCGUACAUCCAUCCCUGCGGCUGGCACGAGGGUCGUCAGCAGUUGAUCGUUCCUCCGGACUACCAGAAGUCGGAAUUCAAUUGGCCGGACUACAUAUCUAAACUUGGGGGAACGGCUGCCUCGAAAGAGCUGUUCACGCCACGCCAGCCAAUGGAGUACCAAGCCCGCAUGAAGCUUGAGGUGGUGGACCAGCGAAAUCCCUCCCUGAUUCGCCCGGCUACAGUGGUCACGCGAAAGGGUUACCGCGUUCAGCUCCACCUGGAUUGCUGGCCUACGGAGUACUACUUCUGGCUAGAGGACGAUAGUCCGGACCUGCAUCCCAUCGGCUGGUGUGAGGCCACGUCGCACGAGCUGGAAACUCCGCCUGGCUAUCUGCAAACCAAGUCCAUGAUGCCAUGCGAUGUGGAGGGAUGUCGGGGUUAUGGUAAUGCCAAGCGCUUCAACCUCAAUGUACACGCUCUGCGAGAUUGCUGCCCGUAUGCGCCGGAGAACUGGCGCCAGUGGCGCUCCAAGACGGUUAAACCGCCCCGUGUGGCACCUGAAAAGAUCAGGCGGGGAUGGGCAAAGAAACCAAAGAGAGCCAGUUCGGAAGCCAAGCAAACCGUUAAAGACGAGGCUCAUCCAGAGAAACCCGAAGUUAAGGUGGAAGCCAAGAGAAAGAGACCUCAGGUGAAGGUUGUGAAAGAGAAAAAGCAGGAAGCGGAGCAGAUACCAGACCACCGUUCCUUAGACAUAGCCAAGUCGUUUGUGAAGGACUACGGACCGCAGUUCCUGCCAAACUAUCGCCUCUGGCAGCAGAACUGCACCUUCGAUUUGGAGCAGGUGCGCACUAACCCGCUCCACUGGACGAACUGGGAUGUGUACGAGUACAUAGAGCGUGCACUGGAAUCAGUAGACAUUGCCAAAGCUAUCUUCGAGCAGGACAUCGAUGGCAGGGCGCUGCUGAUGCUGGGGCGCAACGAGUUGGACAAGUACCUGAAACUCAAGGUGGGCCCGGCCGUGAAGCUCUACUCGCUAAUUGUCAAUCUGCGCAUCGCGGUCGUCUGCAAGUUUGAAACAAACACCACCGGCCUGGCGAUCAACGCCGAUGAUGUAGCUCAGCGUCAGAAGGAGGAGGCAGUUCUUCCCGCCAAUGAGCAGCAGCAACCCCAGAGCAAUGGCCACAAGAUGGAGCCCGAUCAGGAGCUCUCUGACAGUGAGGACGAGGAGGACGUGGUGCUGGACAGCGAUGACUUCCUUAGCGUCAAGCCGAGCAGCUUGGUGAUUGACGAGGACGCCGAUUGCGAUGGCGAUGGUGAUGCCGAUGUGGUAAUGGUGCCCCUGGAAGUGCGCAUGCCCAUGCCCACGGCUUCCUAGGAUUACAGGCAGCCCACCUCCGUUGAUUGAUUUGUAAGAUUAUGUUGUUGCACUAGCCUCGGCCCUGUCGGGUAUUAAUAUUAUUAAUAGUAUUUAUUAUAUAAGCCGAUCCGAAUUCGAUUUUGUUUGUUUUUUUCCCACUCUCCAAUAAAUGAUCCCUAUAGAUAUGUA